UGCUCUAUCAUCAUGUCGUUCUCUUUGAAUACCUUCCUUUUUACCCUUAUCGCUUUUCUCAGCCUCCGCAUCGUCGCAGAAGUCGAAACCACUUGCAACCCGACCAAGAAAUCAUGUGCCCCCGACCCUGCCCUCGGCACCGAACACACCUGGUGGUUCAAUUCAACUCUUGACGAUAAACUAUGGAACAUGGCCACGGGAACUCUCAACUACACUGCCGAAGGCGCCGAGUUUGCCAUUCGUACUGAGAACACGUCCACUCUUUUGGAGUCCAACUUUUACAUUUUCUUCGGGGUGAUGGAAGUGCACGCUAAAAUGGCCGUCGGCCGGGGAAUCAUUAGUAGUGUGAUUCUACAAUCGGAUGACCUCGACGAGAUCGACUGGGAGUGGGUGGGCUAUAACACGAGUGCCGUGCAAUCCAACUUCUUUGGAAAGGGCAACACCACGACGAGCAACCGAGGAGAAAUCCUCCCCGCAGCAAAUGCCGAUACCGUUUUUCACAACUACACAACCUAUUGGGAUAAGGAUCGGCUGGAGUGGUGGAUUGAUGGUGAAUUGAUGCGCACGGUCAACUACUCAGAACCACUCACCCUGUACGGCAAAAAUUAUCCGCAGACCCCCUGCCGAGUCAAGGUCAGCAAUUGGCCCGUCGGGAUUGCGAGUGAAUCUAUCGGAAAUAUUGAAUGGGGUGGAGGUCUUGUUAAUUGGGACGAAUUGCCUUUUAUCAUGACCGUGCAAAGGAUGCGAGUCCAGGAUUUCCAUUCCGGCAAAGAAUAUGAAUAUGACGGGACAUCGGGAUCUUACGAGAGUAUCAAGGUUAUUAGUGGAAAUUCAACAGCCAAAACAGAAAUCAACAAAAAGCCAGCCGAAACCGUGGCCGAAAAGUGGGACGGUCUCAGCGAAGGUGCUCAUAUUGGUGUCUAUGUUGGCGCCUCCGCAGCUGCCGCCGCUGUCGUUCUUGCAUUUGUAUGGUGGUGCUUACGGCAACGCAGAGCUGGUCGCCUUCAGCGUGCCCUGGAUGAUUCUGGACAGGGCGGUGCCGAACUCAGACAGAUGGAGAACCAAAAGACUUGGAGGCAAAGCCAGUGGGGACAACAAACCUACCAAAAGGUACCUUAG